AUGAGGCACAGAGACCACUGCCAAGAGAACCACUUCUUCGACAACUCUUCCUGUGAGCCCUCAUCGCGUCAAGCCACCCUCCGUCUUCGAUUCUCCGACACCGACUCUCUCUAUGUCGUCACUCUCAAGGCCAAAGCCAUUAUCGUCGAUGGUGUCAGCCGCGUCGAGGAGGAUGAGGAACUGUUGGACCCGUCAAUCAGAAGAGACUGCAUGGCCAAGCCGAAGAAGAUUCUUUCAAGCGCAGUAGAGUCUAGGGUUUUGAGGAGGGUGAAGGAGGAGUUUGGGGUGCUAGGGUUUGUGGGGUUAGGAGGGUUUGGGAAUAUGCGAUUCGAUGCCGUGUAUGAAUGGAAAGGUUUGAAAUUGGAGGUGGAUGAGAGUGAUUUCGAGUUUAGGACUCUGUAUGAGAUUGAAUGCGAAAGUAGUGAUCUUGAGAAGGUCAAGAAAUUGAUCGAAGAGAUUGGAAUUUUCUUAGGAAAGUUAAAGAGGGAAAAGGGAAUCCAAGAAAAUGUUGGGGUUUUCACUUUAAUGGCAUUUUGGUAUAAGACAAGGAGUUCGGUGAAAGGUCAGGUUCUAGUUGAUUUUGUUCCAAAGUUUUCCUCGAGAAGGGGGAAGGAGAUGGUCUGCCCUAUAGAGAUAAUCCCGUGGAAGGUAUUCGCGGACGGUGCAUCCAGCACAUUAGGAGCCGGGGUUGGGAUCGUCGUCAUCACCCUAGAAGGAAUAAAAUUGGAACAUUCCUUUAGAUUAGGCUUUAAGGUCUCCAACAACGAAGCCGAGUAUGUGGCCUUGCUGGUCGAGUUGAGAGUUGUAUCAGAUCUGGGUGUUAAGGAGGUAAAAGUCUAUUUAGAUUCUCGAUUGGUGGUCAAUCAGGUACAAGGAAGCUUUGAGGUCAAGGAUCCCCAGAUGAUGGAGUACUUACUGUUGGUGAAGCAAACAAUGGACUGCUUUCCAAGCGUCAAAGUGGUUCAGGUGGCAAGGGGGCAGAACCGGCACAUUAACUCUUUGGCCACGUUGGCGUCAUCAUCAAUUGAUGGAAUUCCUCGAUUAAUAAAAGUGGAGCUGGUAGCAGAAUUAAGUAUCAGUGCAGGAUUAGGAGUCUCAUUGGUGGCAACGAUUGAGCCGUGUUGGAUGGAUUCGAUCAUCAACUUCUUAACCGAGGAUCGGGUACCAGCUGAUGAGAAGGAAGCAAAAAAAUGUUUGCACCCCAGCAAGAUUGAGGAACUCCUAGCCGAGCUAUAUGACGGGCUAUGCGGCAGUCAUGUGGGGGGAUAUUCAUUAGCUCACCGAGCAAUGACUCAAGGAUUUUGGUGUCCACGAAUGCAAAAGGAUGCUAACGAGUAUGCACGAAAAUGUGAGCAAUGUCAAAGGCACGCCCCUAUGAUCCACCAACCAGUAGGGAACUUGAAUCCCAUUAGUAGCCCCUGGCCCUUUGCGCAGUGGGGGCUAGAUAUCGUUGGUCCAUUCUCUCAGGCAAUAGGAAACCAGAGGUUUGUCCUAGUAGCCGUAAAUUACUUCACCAAAUGGGCAGAGGUAGAGGCGUUGGUGAACAUCCGGGAUGUGGAUGUUAAGAACCUUGGCAUCACAAAUUGGUAUUCCACCCUGGCAUAUCCACAGAGCAACAGUCAAGCCGAGGCCACCAACAAGGCCGUUGUGAACAGGUUGAAGAGGAGGUUAGAAGGUGCUAAGGGCAGGUGGGCAGAGGAGUUGUCCAAUGUUCUAUGGGCAUACCUAACUACCCCGAGAAGGUCCACAGGAGACACCCCGUUCUCCUUAACAUAUGGAGCGGAAGCAGUCAUAUCGACAGGGGUGAACUUGUGCAGUGCCCAAGUUUCAGGAUUUAGCCUCGUCAAGAAUUCAGAGUUGAUGCUGAAACAGUUAAACUUGUUGGAAGAAUCCUGGGAAUUAGCAACUAUAUGGCUGGCAGAAUAUCAGCAAAAACUUGCUCGGAGAUACAACAAGAACGUGAGGAAAAGGGAGUUUGGAGUGGGGGAUUCGAUACUUUGA